ACCGCCACUGCGCACCAGGCCCUGGUCCUGCCAGCGGGGGCUCCACCUGCAUUGAUGGUGCUGAAGCAGGGAGAGGCUACAGUGAGAAAACACAACAGCUGGGAGAGGAAGGAGACCGCGGAUGGAUGCGGAUUGAUGGAAUAACCCGCUGCUGUGCGCAACAUUAGCAGGAUAUUACCUUCGGGAAUCAGGUGGCAGACGGCCUCUGAUUCCAGGCUGGGCUUCGGUCCAUAAGAUCCUGUGUAGUAGCAGAUCCCCAGCACUCAGAUUUCACCAUGGCAGGAGCCUCGGUCAAAGUAGCCGUGAGGGUCCGACCCUUCAACUCACGAGAGAUCGGCAAAGACAGCAAGUGUAUCAUCCAGAUGUCCGGCAACACCACCACAAUUCUAAACCCAAAACAGCCAAAGGAGAACAAGAGCUUCAAUUUUGACUAUUCCUAUUGGUCACACACAACCCCAGAAGAUGUGAACUAUGCAUGUCAAAAGCAGGUAUAUAGAGACAUAGGAGAGGAAAUGCUGCUUCAUGCUUUCGAGGGAUACAACGUGUGUAUCUUUGCCUAUGGGCAAACUGGGGCUGGAAAGUCAUAUACCAUGAUGGGCAAGCAAGAAAAAGACCAAGAAGGCAUCAUCCCAUUGCUCUGCGAGGACCUGUUUACCAAGAUCAAUGACAAUAAUGACAACAACAUGUCAUACUCGGUUGAGGUGAGUUACAUGGAGAUCUACUGUGAGCGCGUACGGGACCUUCUGAACCCAAAGAACAAGGGGAAUCUGCGUGUGCGAGAGCAUCCUCUGAUGGGACCCUACGUGGAGGACCUGUCAAAACUGGCUGUUACUUCCUACAAUGACAUCCAGGACCUGAUGGAUUCUGGAAACAAAGCCAGAACGGUGGCAGCCACCAACAUGAACGAGACCAGCAGCCGCUCUCAUGCUGUAUUCAACAUCAUCUUCACACAGAAACAACAUGACAACGACAGUGAAAACACCACUGAAAAGGUCAGCAAAAUCAGCCUGGUCGACUUGGCAGGAAGCGAAAGGGCUGAUUCUACUGGAGCCAAAGGCACUAGACUUAAGGAAGGAGCCAAUAUCAACAAAUCUUUAACAACACUCGGAAAAGUUAUCUCUGCACUGGCUGAGAUGGACUCCGCACCAAACAAGAACAAGAAGAAGAAGAAAGUUGAGAGCUUUAUUCCAUACAGAGAUUCCGUUUUGACAUGGCUUCUGAGAGAAAACCUUGGAGGAAACUCACGCACUGCUAUGGUAGCAGCUCUAAGCCCUGCUGAUAUUAACUACGACGAAACACUCAGCACACUCAGGUAUGCUGACCGAGCCAAGCAGAUCCGUUGCAACGCCGUCAUCAACGAAGACCCCAACAACCGGCUGGUGCGUGAGCUGAAGGAAGAGGUGGCUCGUCUGAAGGAUCUGCUUUAUGCUCAGGGUCUCGGAGACAUCAUUGAGAACUUGUCAAAUUACAAGGCUAAUAUCAGUAGCAUCCAGGCUGUCAAUCAAAGGGGUGAUUUCUCCACAGUGACCAAUGCCAUGACUGGGAUGAGCCCCUCGCCCUCUUUGUCCGCCCUGACCAGCCGAGUGGGAUCCAUCAGCAGCUUGCAUGACCGGAUCAUGUUCAGCCCAGGAAGCGAGGAAGCCAUCGAGAGGCUGAAGGAAACUGAGAAGAUAAUCGCGGAGCUCAAUGAAACUUGGGAAGAGAAGCUUCGCCGCACUGAGGCCAUUAGAAUGGAAAGGGAGGCACUUUUGGCUGAAAUGGGUGUGGCGAUGAGGGAAGAUGGAGGAACGGUUGGAGUCUUUUCGCCAAAAAAGACUCCCCACCUGGUCAACCUCAAUGAAGAUCCUCUCAUGUCUGAGUGCUUGUUGUACUACAUUAAAGAUGGAAUCACCAAGGUCGGUCGUGAGGAUGCCAGCAGUCGGCAGGACAUUGUGUUAAGUGGCCACUUCAUCAAAGACGAACACUGUAUCUUCACAAGUACCACAAAUGCCAUUGGAGAGGGUACGGUGGUCCUAGAGCCUUGUGAGGGAGCAGAGACUUAUGUUAAUGGCAAGAGAGUUACAGAGCCCACAGUUCUCAAAUCAGGUAACCGUAUCAUUAUGGGCAAAAGCCACGUGUUCCGCUUCAAUGACCCAGAGCAAGCAAGGCAAGACAGAGAGAGGACUCCAUGUGCGGACACACCAGUGGAGCCGGUGGACUGGGCCUUUGCUCAGAGAGAACUACUGGAGAAACAAGGCAUUGACAUGAAGCAAGAGAUGGAUCAGAGAUUACAAGAGCUGGAGGACCAGUAUCGUAAAGAGAGAGAAGAAGCAAGCAACCUUCUGGAGCAGCAGAGACUGGACUAUGAGAGUAAGCUGGAAGCUCUUCAGAAACAGGUCAACUCCAGAUAUUACCCAGAAACGACAGAGGAGGAGGAGGAGCUAGAAGAUGAAGUCCCAUGGACAAAGCGAGAGACGGAAUUAGCCCUCUGGGCUUUCAGGAAAUGGCGUUUCUAUCAGUUCACCUCUCUCAGAGACCUGCUUUGGGGAAAUGCCAUUUUCCUCAAGGAGGCUAAUGCCAUAAGUGUGGAGCUGAAGAAAAAGGUUCAGUUUCAGUUUGUGCUGUUAACAGACACGCUGUACUCCCCGCUGCCCCCUGACCUCCUGCCACCCAGCAUAGCCAAAGACAGAGAGAAACGGCUGUUUCCUCGCACCAUUGUAGCAGUAGAGGUGCAGGACCAGAAAAAUGGUGCCACACACUAUUGGACCCUAGACAAACUCAGACAAAGACUAGAUUUGAUGAGAGAAAUGUAUGACCGAGCAGCAGAAGUGCCCAGUACGGCUGUGGAAGACUGUGAUCAUAUCAUGUCCGGUGGCGACCCUUUCUACGACCGCUUUCCAUGGUUCCGUCUGGUUGGUCGCACUCCCAUUCUCAACACGUGCAUGAGCGAGCGCAUGAGUGGCCUUACCCUCUCCCCCACCCUUUCCGACCCUGACUCUGACAUAACCGAACUCGCCGAUGAGCGGCAUUAUGGGAAGGUGGAGGUGGAGGAGGAGGAGCUGGAGGACCUGGACGAUGAGAUCUUUGUGGAAGACAAUGGCUCUGAGCUUGGGAGAGAGGAGGAGGAGGAUGAUGAUGAUGGUGUGGGCGAGCGCUGCCCAGGUGUCAGCGAUGGCCAGGACCCCUUUUACGACCGCUGGCCUCUGUUCAGUUUAGUGGGAAGGGCAUUUGUGUAUCUGAGUAAUCUUCUGUACCCCGUGCCGUUAGUGCACCGUGUGGCCAUUGUAAGUGAGAAAGGCGAGGUCAAAGGGUUUCUUCGUGUGGCAGUACAAGCCAUAUCAGCUGAUGAAGAAGCUCCUGAUUAUGGUUCUGGUGUGAGACAAUCAGGAACUGCCAAGAUUUCAUUUGAGGAUCAGGCGUUUGAAAAGUUUCAGACAGAAGCAUGCACCAGUGGGAUGUCUCAAACACACACAUCUGAAGAGGAGCUGCGCAUUGUUGAAGGAGAAGGACAAAACUCAGAGUUGGGACUCAGUGCAGAUGAGGUCAACAACAACACCUGCUUAGUCUCUCCAGAUAUUUCUGACAGUCCUCUGAAGGGUGUUCUAGAAUGUCCUCUAGAUGUGACUCAAGACAAAUCGCUUCAGCACUUAAAAAUUGGCAGCAACUUCACCUUUAGAGUCACAGUGCUUCAGGCUUCCAGCAUCUCUGCUGAGUAUGCAGAUAUCUUCUGCCAAUUCAAUUUUAUUCACAGGCAUGACGAGGCAUUUUCCACUGAGCCAUUAAAGAAUACUGGUCGAGGGCCUCCUCUGGGAUUCUACCACGUUCAAAAUAUAACUGUGGAGGUCACCAAGUCCUUUGUGGAAUACAUCAAAAGUCAGCCAAUCGUUUUUGAAGUAUUCGGCCACUACCAGAAACAACCCUUCCCUCCUCUUUGCAAGGACUUAAUUAGUUCAUUACGUCCUAUGAGAAGGCAGUUUCCCAGGGUUAUGCCUUUGUCAAAGCCAGUGCCCGCCACCAAACUGAGCACGCUCGCCCGCUCCACCGCAGGCCCCUGCCACUGCAAAUAUGACCUUAUGGCUUUCUUUGAGAUCUGUGAGCUGGAGGCCAACGGGGAUUACAUCCCUGCUGUUGUUGAUCACAGGGGUGGAAUGCCCUGCCAUGGUACAUUCCUGUUGCACCAGGGCAUCCAAAGGAGAAUUACAGUCACUAUCGCCCAUGAAACCGGCAAUGAUAUUGAGUGGAAAGAAGUUAAAGAACUUGUCAUAGGGCGCAUCCGUAACACACCCGAGGCGGAUGAGACUAUCAUCGACCCCAACAUCCUGUCCCUCAACAUCCUGUCUUCAAACUACAUACGGCCGACUUAUGAUGAUAGAGUGUCAUUGGGAAGUGACCAUAGGACAUUCUACCGCUUCGAGGCAGCAUGGGACUCUUCGAUGCACAACUCUCUCCUGCUCAACCGUGUCACUCCAUAUGGAGAGAAAAUUUACAUCACUCUCUCCGCCUACCUGGAGAUGGAGAACUGCACUCAGCCCACUGUGGUCACUAAGGAUUUCUGCAUGGUGUUCUACUCCAGAGAUGCUAAACUGCCUGCAUCUCGAUCCAUUCGAAACCUUUUCAGCACUGGUGCCUUUAGGCCAUUAGAGAGUAACUGUGUGACUGGAGUGUAUGAAUUAAGCCUCUGCCAUUUGGCUGACAUCGGAAGUCCUGGUAUGCAGAGGAGGCGCAGACGGGUGCUGGACACCUCAGUGGCGUAUGUGCGUGGUGAGGAGAACCUGGCAGGGUGGAGACCCCGCAGCGACAGCCUCAUCCUGGACCACCAGUGGGAGCUGGAGAAACUUAGCCUCCUACAAGAGGUUGAGAAGACUAGGCACUAUCUUUUGCUGAGAGAAAAACUGGAAGCGUCUCUGCUGCUGGGACAGGACUCUUUCUAUGGCAAAGAUCUGUUGGACUCGCCGAAGGCCAACAGCCCCAUGAUCAGCCCAGUAAUGAGUCUGGGUCUGGACAGUCCCAAUGAGAGGCAGAGGGAGCUGGCUGCCAAGUGUGUGCGACUGCUCAUGCACACCUUCAACAGGCAGUACAGCCAGGUGAGCAGCAGUCUCAGUGAGAGCAAGCUGUCAGAGAUUUCCGCGUCUCUUUUAAGAGACAGUGUUACUUCACCUCUAAGCUCUCUGACGCCCUCCUCCACCUGCCCAUCACUGCUGGACGGUCACUACAGCACAGACCUCAGAGGUGCUGAGGCUAACUCUGGUGCUUCUAGCCCUGAUCUCGAUCCAUUCAGUCCUAUUGAGAGAAAACCAAGGACCUGCACCUUCAUCCCCAAUAUCCAGGAGAUUCGUGUCAGCCCCAUUGUGUCAAAGAAAGGUUAUCUGCACUUUCUGGAGCCUCACACCAGUGGCUGGGUGAAGCGGUACAUUGUUGUGCGGCGGCCGUACGUUUACCUGUACCGCAGCGAGAGAGACUAUGUGGAGCGAGCCAUCAUCAACCUGUCCUCCGCUCAGGUGGAGUACAGCGAAGAUCAUCACACCUUGAUGAGGGCUCCUAACACUUUCACAGUGUGCACUGAGCACCGCAACAUCCUCCUCCAGGCCACAAAUGACAAAGAGAUGCAUGACUGGCUGUACGCGUUCAACCCACUGCUGGCAGGAACUAUCAGGUCUAAGCUUUCCAGAAGAAAAUCAGGACAGAUGAGGAUGUGAACCUGUUUUUUUCUCCCUCUGGCUCAAUCCAUAAACAGAUAGCUAACAGGCCGUUGUGGUGUAAUUAGGUCAUGUGAUCAUAAGUGCCCAAUCCCCAUGUCAUCACAGCUGCCUCUUGCCUGCCCUGCCCGUCUGUCCAUGCCAACCACAGACUGUGAGUGUGAGUUUAUGUGUGUGUGUCAGGCCCUAUUUAGUGUACGUUCAUAAUAUACUAUCGAAAUAUACUGCACUUCCCACUCACAUAGCUAGAAUGGCAAAACAGCUUCUUAGACACAAAACCCCACUCUUAAAGGAACAGUUCACCUAAAAACGUCACCCUUGAACAUAAAAGAAGAUGUUUGAGGGAAAAAUAAAUACAAAACAUUCUUAAUAAUAUCUUCUUUUGUCUUUUAAGUGUGAGUAAAUAGUGUGUAGAUGUACAUUUUUGGGUGAACUAUCCCUUUAAAGUCAUUCAUUCAUUUGUAAAUGCGACUCAAUGAUCUGUUUGUGUGUGUGCUUCUGCAGAGUAGAUUUCAAGUGCUUUUACCUGGCUCGGUUGUUGCCUCUUGGUUUUGAUCAUUAUACUUUUUGAAGGGAGCUAAUUUGCAGAUGGCCUUUUAUGCAGUGGACAUGGUGAUGGAUUUUAGACUGAAAGAGGUAACUGUCUAAUGUUUCAUCAAAAACCAUCUGCCAUUUACAGAGGUUUAAUUGUGUUUUAAUUUCCAUUAGUAAUGUCUUUUUUUACAUUACAUCUUUUACGUUACACUUAUUUAUUAAGCAUUGUAUGUUUUAUAAACAUGAGUCCACUAUUUGUAGUACGCUACAAAAAUAAUUUCUCACCUUGCACUUUUGAUAAUGAGCUUUAUUUAGCAGAUGUGUUUUGAUUCGUUUGCACAAGAGCUCUGCUGCUAAGAGAAUCAGCUUAUUUGGUGGUUUUUUAUUUAUUUAUUACUUUUCAUCUGCUUAUUUUCACGCACAAAAUUAGUACGCUUUGAUGCUGAACUUACACUUAACACAUACAUCAGAGUACAUUUUAAACUUUUGAAUUAAUAAAGAUGUCAUUUGAAAUGCUGGAGGUUUAGGUUCAGAAAAUCUGCAUCUACACUCUUCAAAAUAAAGUUUUAUGUAAGUUCACCCUAAAAUAUAAUCAGUUUGAGCCAAAAAGUAAGUGUACAAUAUUUGACCUGCUGUUCAGAAUGAUGGCUCUGAGUUCAGAAUGACGUAAAUGGGUUAUAUGCACAGCAAGUGUUUUUCAGCCACUGAUGAAGCAUAAUGUGAAUAUUUUCCGCUUCAUAAGGUUUCUUUUCCAGCUUCGAUUUUGUAAUGUUAUUACAAUGCAUUCAGUUAAAUAGACUUAAGCAUUCAUUUAGUUGUUCAAGCGCAAAACGAGAUGGAAGACUGUGCUAGCGGUGUCAGGAUCAGCAGGCGAGCACAGAAACUCCUUUAAAAAUAUUGGGGUAAAAUAUUGGGGUAAAAUAAACCAUUUUUUAUCAUACUUUAAACACAUGGCGGGGCAAAUGAAAUUUAAUGCUGUGCUUCUUGUCUGGUCUGAGGCCCACUUAAUAUCGUUUAUCAAUCAGGCAGUGAAGAUCACUGAUUUUUAAAGAAAUUAGACCUUAAAUGUGGCCAUUUUCUAAUGGAAAGACUUUACUGGAAGCACUUAUGCUGGCUGGCUAAAAUUAAAAGUCUGUGUGCAUAUAACCCAUUGCCUGGAUAUACACAUGAAGUGUUCAGAUACCAAAACCUAAACGCUGUUUGCACUUUUAUUAGACUCCUGUGUGUAGGUUCAGUAAUUUCACUUUUAUGGUAAAUAAUAAGUCCUUUACAUGGUAUUUAAAGUAAAAUAUCUCAGCCGCGCACCUCCAUUGGAAAAAAACAAACUUGUACAAACUCUAGAAAUACGAAAAAUGUGAACCGCCCCUGAAAGGCCGCCGUCAUUUGUGAUCUCCAUCAGUUGAUCUUCUUGCACAAACAUGCUGAAUUCACCUGAUUUGUUGACAAAUGGGUUGCAGAUCCAUUCCUUGGCAGUUUCUUCACUUGGCCUUUUCCCCUUUGGCAAAGAAACUUUCCAAAGAUGUCUGUUGCUUACUCAUUUUGCUGCUUUUGGGUUAAAUUUGGGUGCUAAACGGACCGAAAAUGUAAACGAGAGAAUACGGUCAUUUUUUCAAAAUAAAAGAUUGUUCAGUUAAUGAUUUCUUGUGGAGUCCGGUGCCAAUUGAUCCACCGACUGAUGGUUGAGGACCACUGAGUUAGGGAAUAAAAUGAGCUAAAGCAACAUGAUCAUUCUCCUAAUUGCACACUGCUAAGAGGUUUUUAAAUAUGAUACGACCCCCCACAAAGCUCACUGAGGCCCCCUUGUGGGCCGGGACCCCCCUGUUGGGAACCGCUGGCUUAGUAAACGUUUAUUAUUACCAUUUGAUACAGUUUGAUAUUGCGCAUAGACCCGGAAGCCACUUUGCGUGACGUCACACUUAACAAGCAGAUUCCGUUUCAGCUGGAAGUACAUCAAUAUGCUGAAAUAAAAGUCUCACCAACGUCUGCUUCACACAGAAUUUACAGGAAUCCAAAAUGGCCUCCUGCUGAACUUUUAUUUUGAAGAGUGUAGUUCCUCAAUGUAGCUGCUAUAUUUAAGUAAUUCCAAACCAUUUCUACAUGUUACAAUAUAAACUCUGUAUUCAGUCCUCCAACAUGGUGUUUUCCUUGUGAGAUGGCAAUGAGAUGAUGUAGUGUUAGAGAAGAUCCAGUUACAUAUAACAAGAAGUCUUUUACCAAACGUUUUGUGUCUCCCUAUAUAAUAGGUAAACUUUUUUAGAGAGAUGUCUCAGCGUAUUGAAAUAGACCUGUUUUCAUUACUCUUUGCUGUGUAACUACUGUAUAAAGACCUACAGUAAGUAUAGAAAAGCACCAUUUGCUGCUGAAUUCAUAAAUCUCUUACUUGGUUUGAUUUGAGCUCAUGCUAUUGGUCAGUCAGCCGUUUAGCAUGUUGCUCAUGCUGAUUGAGGAUUGGUGUUAUGUGCAAUGGGCCAGCCAACCCAAAGAGCACAAACAAAGCAGUGAUAUUUAAUAAUGAGCGUACUUUCUAAGACAUUUCAGCAGUUGUGGUGUUUGUUUACCUCUCAACUUUGGUUUCUUCAUAUGCAGCAGUAGAAGACUCUCACUCUGAACAUGGAUCUGAAAUGUAAUUUAAGGAGAAAUCUUUCAGUUUUGGACAUUAACGUUGACAGUCAUACCUCCCAGUGCCCUGAUGUUUUAAAAUCCAUUUCUGUCUUUUGACAAUGCUAUGUAUAUGAUAGCAUGCUGUACAUAUUUAUUCAGCUUUUAAAUGAAAUGUAUCUCAUUUACCUCCUUAAAGUAUAAGAGUAGCAUUUACAAGAAAAUAAUAGAUUCAGUCGUAUUAUUUUACUGAACUGAAGGAUCACAGUCGACUAUGAGCAUGUAGUGUUCGCAUUGACACGUGCCCUAAAAAAACAAAGCAUUUACCAGGACUUUGUCAACCUACAGUACAUAUAUAAUGCAGAUAAAUGAGAUUUUUAGGGUUUGUAGUUGAUAAUGUGACUCUUUUUCUCUCUUUCACUCUUUGUGUUGCCACUCGCCAUACAUCUUUUCCAACGAACAUCUUUCAUCCAUAUGAAUAUUUCAGAUUUAAAAAAGGACGUCAAUAUAAACUAAGUGUACCUACUGUAAUUGCUUCUAUAUUUCUGUUGAUUUGCUCUGUAUAUAAACCCAACUGUGGUCUAGCACACAGCAGUAACCACUUUAUACCAUAAUGAAUGGGCUGUAGUGUAUUCAGUGCUCAAGUUCUUUGAGUGUUGGAACUGUGUCUUCUAAUGUCUGUGGACACUUAACACUUUGUCAGGUGUGAAAUAAAUGUGAAAUACGCGCAAUGUU